AUCCAGUCCACUCCUUCGCUUCGGUUUGCAAUGAAGGGCGUGGGGUCUGACAGCGGUGGAUACGAAUGGCCCUGAGCUAACGAUGGAAGCUUUUACUUUUACCCUUUCCACUCAGGUGGAUUUUCCAAUCCAUGUAAAGAUUGGCUCAUUAGAAGGCAAGCAGAGACAGCUGCCUUUCUCCGUGCUUCUGAAGCAACCGGAAUUGCGCCAUAUUGGUUCCGCGCAGAACCCUGUCUCCGACCUUUUCGUGACGGUCCAACUAUGGUCAGAUUCUAAAGCGCUAGGAGUGCCUCUACAAACCUCAUACAAGACCUUUAAGUCUGCUCGAUCAUGGAAUGAAUGGCUACAGAUGCCGGUCUCGAUAAAGGAUGCUCCUCUCAAGAGUCAGCUAGCUAUCACUGUCUGGGAUCUCUCGCCGUUUGGCGGCCAAGGGGCACGGGGGCACUACGUACCCUUUGGGGGAACAACUAUACCGUUAUAUGACGAGGACGGAAAAUUAAAGAUGGGCAGGCAGAAAUGCAAGAUAUAUCGCCACAGAGCUGCGGACGGCUUUUCCUCAACAACCACGCCGUCAACCCCGCCACCCAAACGUCGGAGGACCAACGCACCGGAUCCGCUAGGUCCGUCAUCGGAAGAGAUGGAGCUGGAACGCGUUGAGGUUCUGAUCAAAAAGCAUGAGAUGGGGGACAUACCGCGCAUUGAUUGGAUGGACCAGAUGGUAUUUCGGCAGCUAGAGAAGUUGAAGCUCAGUGCGGAGGAAGCUGCGAGGAAACGCGCCAUACAUCUGAAGGCCACGAAACAAAAGCGCUUGGAGAAUAAAGGCGGGGAUGGAGAGGACUCGGAUGAUGAUGAUUUUGACGAUGAGAAUUUUAUUCUCUACGUCGAUUUUCCGCGCUUCGAUCAUCCCAUCAUCUGGUCGGAUCAUGAAUACCCACCGCCUCCCGUUUCGUCCUAUCCGCAAAGUGCGCCUGCAAAUGCAAAUCCAGCCCUGAAGCCUGUUCCGGAAGUUCGCUUUGGUCCGGGAAUAGAAGGUGCAGAUGGAGGUGGUGUGAUCCGAAUCUACGACCCUGAAGUCGGCCAGACGGGUAACCCAUGCGAGGACAAGCACCGGAGACUGAUCCGUAGCCAUCGGACUGGCAUCAUGGAUCGUGAUUUGAAGCCAAAUCCCAAGAUCCGGGAUGAACUCAACGUGAUUCUGUCCUACGAGCCGACACAAGAUUUAACCGCCGAAGAGAAGGAUCUUGUCUGGCGAUUCCGGUAUUACUUGACCCGUGAGAAAAGAGCGCUCACCAAGUUCGUCAAGUCAGUCAACUGGAGGGAUGCUGGUGAAGCGCAUCAAGCUGUUGAAAUACUGCCCAAGUGGACCGAAAUUGACGUCGACGAUGCUCUUGAGCUUCUUGGACCGACUUUCGAUAAUCCAGCAGUUCGAUCUUAUGCGGUUGAAAGGCUUCGCAAGGCCGAUGACGAAGAACUACUCCUCUAUCUUCUACAGCUUGUGCAAGCGCUGAAAUAUGAGGAUACUUCCAAUAGUGACGUCGAAGACGCCGCUCACGAUUCCUCCUUGGCCAAUUUCCUCAUUGCACGCGCUGCGAACAACUUCAAACUUGGCAAUUAUCUGCAUUGGUACCUUAUGGUUGAAUGCGACGAUGCCGGACCGGGGACAUUAUCGGCGCAGCGCAGGCUUUUCGCCCGCGUCGAAUUCUACUUCCAAGCCGAGCUGGAGAAAGUCCAUCCGGAGCAUCGGAAGAUCCUCUUGCGGCAAGGUGAACUCGUCACUAUACUUACGAAAAUUGCCAAAGACGUCCGGUUUUCCCGUGAGAAUCGCGUCCUCAAGAUUGAGCGGUUGAAGAAGUUCCUAAAAGACCCCAAGCACGACAUGCUCCACAUCGACCCUCCAUUGCCGCUGCCUCUGGACCCUGAGGUAAUGGUCACAGGUUGCUACCCCGACGAAGCGAAUGUCUUCAAGUCCUCUCUGUCCCCGCUACAGGUCAUGUUCAAGACCUCGGACGGCCGAAAAUACCCUAUCCUCUUCAAGAUUGGCGACGACCUCCGCCAAGACCAACUUGUCAUCCAAAUCAUCAUCCUGAUGGAUCGUCUCCUCCAAAAAGAAAACCUAGACCUCAAGCUGACCCCAUACCGCAUCCUAGCGACCAACGCUACUGCCGGAGCAGUCCAGUUCAUCCCAUCAGCCUCCCUCUCCGCGAUAUCCGCAAAAUACAAAUCCGUCCUCGCGUAUCUCAAAGUCAACAAUCCCGAUGACAGCGAACCCCUCGGUGUCCGCAAAGAAACAAUGGACACCUACAUUAAAUCCUGCGCGGGGUACUGUGUAAUCACCUAUCUCCUCGGAGUCGGUGACAGACACCUGGAGAACCUCCUUCUCGCCCCUGACGGCCAUUUCUUCCAUGCCGAUUUCGGCUUCAUCCUCGGCCGAGACCCCAAGCCAUUCGCGCCCAUGAUGAAGCUAUGCAAGGAAAUGGUCGAGGGUAUGGGUGGAACUACAUCGCCACUUUAUCUCCAGUUCAAACAAUACUGCUUCACGGCAUACACCACCCUCCGCAAGUCGGCCAAUCUCAUCCUCAACCUGUUCAGUCUGAUGGUCGAUGCCAAUAUCCCUGACAUCCGGGUCGAACCAGACAAGGCCGUCCUCAAGGUCAAGGAGCGAUUCCAUCUGGAAAUGACGGAAGAAGAAGCGAUCCGUCACUUCGAACAACUGAUCAGUGACAGCGUGAAUGCUAUUUUCGGUGUCGUCAUUGAUCGUUUACAUGAGUUCGUGCAGGGGUGGAGAGCAUAGUUGUUGGAUAAUCAUCUUAUCGGAUCAUGAACAAAGUACAGACAGGAGUUUCGUGGCGCAGAAUCGAGUGUAUGAUUGAUACCCUGCUUUCAAGCGGAUACUCGUCUAUGUGAAUAAUAACGGAUAGAUAU